AUGGAAAUCGACGAAAUUUUGGACGACUCGGACUCAGCAUUGGAGACACAGAUUGGUGAUUUGGAUCUGUCCUCAACGGAUGAAGAAGACGAAGAUAACUACAUUUCAGCUACAAAUGCUCAGAAAAGACAUGCUGCUAGAAAAUGGCGUCCAUCUGGUUUCGAUCCCAAAGAGUUGGAAUUUUCCGAUAGAGCAUCAGGAAUCAACAGAGAAUUUAAAAUCGGAGGAAACAAACCAUCUGACUAUUUCAGAGCAUUUUUCGACGACGAACUAAUGCAGAAAAUUGUUGAAGAAACUAACAAUUAUCAACAACAAAAUGCAGCUCCAACUGCCGAAAAAACUGCAGCUUGGUACGACACGAAUGUGGAAGAAAUGUAUGUCUUUUUCGCCACUACAAUUUUGAUGGGAUUGAAUCAAAAGAAUCGCAUAAAAGAUUAUUGGUCAACAGAUAAGCUGCUGAUAACACCAAUUUUCGGAGAACUUUUCACCAGGAACAGGUACCUUUCUAUUCUUCGAUAUCUUCAUUUUGCUGACAAUACAACAGAAGAAGGGAAGCUGCGAAAAAUCCAGCCGAUCGUCGACAAUUUGAGAAAGAAAUUCAAAAAAGCAGUUACUCCAUGGGAAAACUUGUGCAUUGAUGAGAGUUUGAUGUUAUGGAAAGGUCGCCUCAGUUUCAAACAAUACAUUCCAUCGAAAAGACACCGUUUUGGUGUGAAGCUUUUCAUAUUAUGUGACUGUUAUACAAAAUUCGUCCUGAACUUUAUUAUUUACACCGGGGCAGAAACUGAAAUUGAUAGCUACCCUGAGGUUGGAAUAUCGGGUUCAGUAGUACUAACACUGAUGAAAAAUUAUCUGAAGAACAAUCAUACUCUCUUCGUCGAUAAUUGGUAUUCCAGUCCUACAUUAUUUGAAAGAUUACUGGAAGAAAAAACAAAAGCUUGUGGAACAGUGAGAAAAAACAGAAGUGGAAUGCCAUCGUUUGGAGAACUUUCAAAAGGACAACAAGCUUAUCAAACAACUGGUGAGCUGUUAGCACUCAAAUGGAUGGACAAAAGAGAGGUGCACAUGCUUACCACAUUGUAUGAACCUGUUAUGGUGGAAACUGGGAAGAACGAUAGAGAAACAGGUCGAAAAAUCAAGAAACCUCUCUGCAUUGCACAAUACAACGAGAAUAUGGGAGCCGUGGACCAAGUGGACAUGCAAAACAGUUUCUCGGAAUGUCUACGAAAAACAAUAAAAUGGUACAAAAAGUUGUUUUUCCAUUUAUUUGAUAUCGCCGUGCAGAACUCUUAUGCCAUGUACAAGAUGAAAAACGAGGAAAAUUCAGAACUUUCAGAGUUCCGUCUGCAACUUGCUCGAGAGCUCAUUGAAGAAUACGGGUCAAAGCGGCCACAAAUAAAAGGCAGACCAUCAACCGAUUGUCCACUACGCCUCACUGCUCGUCAUUUCAUCGAUUUUAUCCCAGGAGAUAAUGUCAAGAAACGCUGUUUUGUCUGUAGUCAUACAGUCAAGCGAGAAAAAAAACGAAGCGAUACAAGGUUUUAUUGUCCAGAUUGUGAUGUUCCACUAUGUAACCCGGAGUGUUUCAAACAAUAUCACACUUUGAAAGCCUUCUGAUGUUCACAUUUUGAUAAAUCUGAGAAGAAUAAAUCAUUUUU